CACUUUCCGCUUUCCUUUUCGCUUGCGGCCUUCGAAGAGUGCGGACAGAACAUUUUCGGUGUCCGCGUUUCCUUCUCAAAUUUUGGAUUUUUCUAAAAUUUAGGAAAGAAAUGGCGGUUAAAACAGCGAAAUGUGUUUUGUGAUCGAUGUCACAAAGCAUAGCACCGAAGUUCUGUGCGAAUAUUACAGUAGAAUCUCGCGAUUGUUGGCACAAAGUCGGGUCGUUCAAAACCUCCCUGACCACGGGACGAAGUUGCGGUACGUCCGUCGCACUCUUAUUAGAGAGAUGUACUUCCGUGGUGAUCUAGGAGUUACGAUGGCAAGGGUUCUACAGGCAGCAGUUAAGAGUGCAUCGGACACUCUUCUACUGCAAGCGAUGAGGGUCAGGAGGUGUUCCACACAGCGAAGGGUUCCAAAGCACCGCGCAGGAGGCAGACACCAUAGGAAUGUCCUACGCGCCACAGACAGUGCCCCUACACUCGGAGGGUGGGGGUCUGAGUUCGAUUUGCCAGCGGAUGUGGAAAUCGACAGGCAGCUGCUCCGCCGCUCAAGGCGGUUGGCGCAAAUCAGGGAGAGGCGCCAGAUCAGGGAGCGCGCCGAAUUCCUGAGGGACUCGCUCAUCCCCCAACUUGAAAUGACGGAGGCUUUCGAAGGGGUGACCGGCAGUGCGCUCUCCCACAUGGUCAGCAUUUACGUGUUGACUGGGGCCAUUGUGCCGCCUGCACGCGAGGACCCCAACAACCCCCAGCCAGGUCCAAGUGGCCUGCAAAACCGCGGUCGCCGUGACGGCCGCGCAGACUUCUCCGGAAGUGACGACGACGAGGAGAUGCCGCCAGGACGCCGGUUCAUGCGGUACGGAGGAGACGAGGAGGGUGGUUCUUCUUACAUUUAAAUUAUAAAUGUAUUCCUUUGCUUACUGUCAGUUUGUUCACUUUAGAAUUAGAAAGUUUUUGUUCAGUUAGAAUUUCUUAGUUUUGUUUAGUUAUUUAGAAAAUUACUUAGUAAUUUUCAUUAGUGGUUGUGACUUGGUUAAAAACUAGUUAUUAGUCAAAUUUUGUACCGUUCUUUGGGUUUAAUAAAUUACAAUUAAAUUUA